GCCAUCGUCGUCACCGAGAAAUGUUACAUCCGUCCCUACGAGCACAGUGACGCAACCGCCAGUCAACCAGCAGCGAAUGACCCUGAAGUUUCCCGUUUCCUGCGCAACCGGUUUCCCAGCCCCUACACCCUGGAAAACGCGCACUCCUUCAUCAAGAUGGCUAUCGAGGCCAGACCUGUCGUUGACUUUGCCGUCUUCAAGUCAGACGGCACGUUCGCCGGAGGCAUCGGGCUGACUCCCGGGUCCGACGUCACGUAUCGCACGUACGAGCUAGGCUACUGGACAGGGAAGGACGCCUGGGGGCAGGGCAUCACGACGAGUGCCGUCACUGGAUUUUGCAGAUGGGCGUUUGUCGCUUUCCCUGAGAUGUUGAGGCUCGAGGCUGAGGUCUGUCACGAAAAUGCGGCCAGUGUGCGAGUCCUGGAGAAGGCGGGAUUUAUCCGGGAGGGGGUCAAGAGGCAGGCGUAUUGCAAAAAGGGGGUUGUCAUGGACAUGAUUAUGUUUAGCAUGUUAAGACAGGAU